GAGUUGGUGGUGGCAGCGGUGUUUGCUGUAAAGGGUUGGGCAAUGGCGCCGUUGAAAGGCGACGCGCAGCUGACUGUUGGCUUUUUCAACCCUUUGAAGCGGUUCGUUGAGGCCAUUUUCCUGACUUUGCGUAAUUUGCUAGGGGAGUCAGCAACAGCAGCAGAAUGCGCGCCUGAUAUGAGGUCAGAUUCUCCGAUCUGUUCUGAUACGUUGGCUAAAAUCUGUGAUCGUGAUGCGAUAUCGCUCAGUACUUCAGAAACUUCUGACAAUGGGACACUUUUGGCAAGUUUAAUAUUGGAUUGGAACAUUGGCUCUCCUGUUCUUUAUGGUGAGGACGAACCGAUUGACAGCUUGAAAAUCCAGCAUUUUGGACCUCUCAACAACUUACAUUUGGAACGCCAAGAUCCGGGAAGAGGUCAUCAUUUCAAAGAAUUGUCUGUAUCUCAUCCAACUUGGUGCGAUAAGUGCGGUGAUUUUAUGUGGGGGUUUUUGACGGAUGCUGUAAAAUGUGAACAUUGUAACUAUACUUGCCACGAUAAAUGCAAAGCUCUGGUAACUCUUGAUUGUAAAUCAUACGAGGAUACGUUAAAAACUACGAAAUCAGAUGAUUCUUAUUCCCAGUCGCCAAUACCGUCCAUUUACCCUCAGCUGUACAUGGAUGAUAAGGAGGCAGUUCCUGACAGUGAAACAAGCAGUGAAAGUGCUACCAAUACGGAUUCUUCAUCUCCACAGCGUACUUAUUAUGGCUGUAUACAAAUUCACAUGAAUUUUACAAGGCCUAUUAAUGUUGUAGCGGGAGAAGUUUGUCCAACUAUUUUUGACGUUACUAAUACUACAGGUAAAUCAAGUUUAGAUGCAUUUGGAACGAUCACUUGGUCACUGAGUUAUUUUACGAGGACUUCAGAGUGGACUAAAUAUGGGAAGUUUAUAAUUACUUUUUACAUUUUAGGUUCUACAGCGACUGCGCAACGUACCAUUACUACAUUCUUCCUGCCCAGAGACACUGUAAAAACAGUGAACAUAAGCAGUGAGAUGACAACACGGGAAAUGAUAGUGACUUUACUUCGUAAAUUUAAAGUGGCUGACAAUCCCAGGAAAUUUUCUCUGUAUGAAAGAGUAUUUGACACAACAGACGGAAGCGUUGAAACUGAGCUCAUACGGGUAGCAGAUGAUGCUCAUCCUUUACGUAUCGCCCGAUCGUGGGUAAUGUUAAACCAGAGCAGACAAUUUGUUUUACAAGAAAGUGAUACGGGCGAUAUUUUGUGGGAAAUGUUUGAAGUUCCAGAACUGGAAAAUUUCCUUCGUAUUUUGGCGAUUGAAGAAAAGCAAUACACAUUUAAAAUCCGGCAGAAAUAUAACGCUUAUUUGUGCAAUAUCAAUCAACAGUUACGGUUUCGAGGUUAUAAUGUCGAGGAUAAUAGUGAAUGUAACGGUACUCCUGUUUAG